AUGGUCGAACCAGAGUCAAGUCCUGCGUUAAACGACAAUCAACCUCUACAAUCCCGAACCACCUACCUCCUCAACAACCAACCCAAUGCUACCUCUCCGACUCCCUCUACGCAAUAUCAGUCAAUUACUCCCCCUUCAAAAAUCCCUCGACCGAAACAAGCCCACACCAAAAAAGACAGCGUACCUCCCGAAUCGCCUGAUUCGCCUUUCUUCCUUCCCCCUUCGGCUGAUCCAGACCUCCCAACAACACCAACACCAAUACCAACACCAAACUACAUAAACCUCCUCCCAACCGAGAUCCUCCUGAACAUUUUCUCCUACAACCCUCAUGAUUUCUACCCAGUAUCAAGCAAUGCCACAAAUCCAUCACACGUAUGUCCACAUUGGCGACAUGUCUACGAGCCACUUCUCUACCGGCACCUCAAAUUCAUGCAACACAAACAGACCGGAGGAUCUCAAAACGUGCGAUUAUUCCUCUUGGCUACGAAAUUAAGGCCAGGAAUCAAAUGGUAUCCGCAAACCGUAGAGUUUUAUCUUGGCAACGAAGGAGAAAUUGGCCAGAGGAAGAUGAAACCUAGGACAGAUUUGCAAUACCUAGCACAAGAUAAGAAAGCAAUCGAAAAGUUUGUCGAGGUUCUAAAACUUUGCCUAGGGAUCCAAAGUAUUCGAACAAACGUGUGUAUCGACAAAGGUUCCCUCUAUCAGGUCCUCCCCAAACUACUCAAUCUCCGAACACUAGAAGCCCGCUUCGACAGUCCCAGAAUCCCCAUCGCGGCCCUCAAACUGCCCUACUUGAAGACGUUGAUAUUCCACUACAUGGACGAUGAAUGGACGCAGGCGGUCGGUAGCACACAUCGCGAUUCAGACGAUUCGCCGUCGCCCAAAAGGAGAACCGAAACCCCCUGGCGAUGGGCACGCACCGGCGCAAUAACGACUCUGCGCCUCUACAUCGACGCCGAUCUCCCCGUGCUCUACGAAAAGAUAUUCAUCUGGCCGAUCGCGCUAUCUCACCUCUCUAUCCACGGCGGUUCCACGCCUUAUGGCUACGACAAAGCAGCCCUUGAAAGGAUCCUGAACCCGCACCGCGACACACUUCAAACCAUCGAGCUGCCCGACAUCUGCAACGGCCUCCCGGACCUCUCCACCUUCAAAAGGCUAACCCACCUCACCUUCCCCGCCUGGAGAUUUAUAACCCUAGACGAUUCAUCUAAGCCAUCCACCCGUCCAUCUAAGCCAUCCAAGGAACCCACCCCCUCACCCUCCACCCUCCUCCCAUCCUCCCUCAAAAUCCUAACCCUCCCCUUUCCAUCCCACUGCUACCAAUCCCCGCCCCGCUACGUUCAAAACCCACCCGCUUUCACCGCCGAAACCAGCGACUGGUUCAUCGCAUUCGCAGAAACACGACAAGAGACCUCAUCAGACGCACGUUACAAGAUCAUACUCAACUACGACGUUUUCAGAGGCCGAGCAUACGUGAGUAGAUCGGACAAGAGGAAAGUGAUCGGGUGGCCAUGGACGCAACUAGAGCGAGCGAAGGAGGGUGCCAGGGAGUUUGGAGUGGAAUUGGAGUUUGAGGCGAGUAUUAGUAAGGCGGAGUGGUUUGAGAUGGGGAUGGCGAAGGAUAUUUGGGAGAGCAAUGGCUUGGAAUUGGGGCGGUUGUUUCUGGGUGAGGAAUAA